GUCGACAGCUGGUGCCUCCUCUUCUUGUUGCUUUCUGUUGAGACUGGUCCUACAACGAGCUAGACUACAUAGUUGGCUCCUGUUGCUAUUGAUUUGCUUGCCUGUGGAAUCGAAUCCAUUGCUAGCUAGCUAGAUUGGUGUUACCCCUCUUCCUCCAAAAAUAGGAAAUUCAAGCACGCGGUUAUCUACAAUGGUGGAAAUCGAAGAACUGCCCGCAGACUCCGCAGAACCCGCCGCUUCUGCGGCACCUACAUUAGCGACCAAGAAGAAGUCCCAGUCCAAGGAAGAAACAAAAGAAGAUCAACUACCGCCGCCUCCACCGGGAUACAAGUAUCGAAAAACCAAAAAGGAUUUGCCAUCGGUCUCGCAUUUGUUGGCGCAUGGAUCCCCCGAAUCACAAGGAAGACCCAAAACCUGGUGCGAUAUCUACGGGUAUCCCAUCUUUUUGGCCGUUUGUUUUGCUAUUUCCCUCCUCAUUUUCCAUUAUGCGCCCCAUGAGAAGAGUGUACAACCCAGAGGAAAAUUCCACAAACAAUACAAAAUGGCUCAGUUGCAGCAACAACGACAGCAAGAAAUGAUGGAAGCAGCCAACGGGCAACCUCAACAAUCUGACUCUUCGACAACUGUUACUGAUAAUAACAUCCAAGUGGAUGUGAAACCAGAAGCAACCACGGGUGCCGCAGAAGGGGAGCUGUAAACCGAUUUCAUGUCCAACUUCACGGGUCUUUUCCUCCCUUUUCAAAAUGAUUUCAUCAAUCCACACUACAUGUACAUCUAGUUUCUUCUUUUUGUUUGCCAAACGGUUCUUCGUAGCACGAUGGCAUAUCUUCAUGAAUGUAUCGCGCUAUCAUACUCCUGUUCGUAGUCAUCGCAGCUACGAGAGACAGCGCUGUUUCCUGUCCUACCUACGGUAUGCAUAGCUACUAGAUGAACCGGUAUGGCAGAACACACUAUUGCUACAUAUCUUAAAUAGUAGCCGGACUUGAAAAGAUAAUUGAGACCUCCAGGAGACCUAACAAUCAUCUAUUCGGAUGGGCCAGCAAAGACUGCAACGAUGGGCAUGAUACUACGAGUACAAUAGGUACAGGACAACUAUCUAAUAAAAUAGCAAACUCAAACCAAACCUUC